AGAAAGCGGUAAAUUUUUUUGUGUCGCAUUUCGAUCCCAAGUAUAUUUCUUGCCUUUGCGAAGAAUAGACGUUUAAAAAAGUGAUUAGCGAAAAAGACAUAAUUUAUAUCCUUUUAUUUAUAGCACUAUUCUUUUUAUUUCAAAAAUCAGGCGCUGAUCGAUAUAGAUCUUUUCGAAUUCCAGAUUUCAUUGUUCACCUUCACUCGUGUCUUUACGUUGGAAUUGUACACAUAUUUAGGUGAAGUUAUUAUUACCCACGCGAUUCAAUAACCAUAAUGACAGAUACCUCUGCAGUUAAAAUGGAGUUUAGUGGAGUUAAACGCAUGAUCAAGGAUUUUACUGCUGGUGCAAUGGGAGGAACCGCAUGCGUUCUUGUUGGUCAACCAUUCGAUACUAUCAAAGUCAAAAUGCAGACUUUUCCUCAUUUAUUCAAGAACGCUUUGGAUUGUGGAGUUAAGACAUUCAAGCAAGAACAUUUUAAAGGUCUUUACGCAGGAACAGUGCCUUCGUUAGCAGCGAAUAUAGCCGAGAACUCUUUCCUCUUUCUCUUUUAUGGUCAGUGUGUGAUGGCUAUUCGAAAACUAACGGGUGCUAAGACUGAGAAAGAUUUGACUGUUUUUCAUAGAGCAUGUGCUGGUAGCGGAGCCGCGUUUUUUAUGUCGUUUGCUCUUUGUCCCACUGAACUGGUCAAGUGUCGCCUUCAGGGUCAACACCAAAUGAAUAUGAUGGCGGGGAAAACCGGUCCAAAAAGUGGCGUUAUCCAAGUGACAAUGCAGAUUGUUAAGCAAGAUGGCUUUCUUGGUUUGUUCCGUGGUAUGACAAGUACCUGGGCUAGAGAAGUCCCUGGUUAUUUCUUCUUUUUUGGUGGUUAUGAAUUUAGUCGCUAUAUGAUGACCCCUGUUGGUGGCGAUGUUAAUGAUAUGGUAACCAACCCAUUCAAAAUGAUUCUCGCUGGAGGAUUUGCAGGAGUAUGUUUGUGGACUGCUGUAUUUCCUGCCGACGUUGUUAAAUCUAGAAUUCAGAUCUUAAGUUCAGGCAAAGAAAAGGCACCUGGCUUUGUGGAAACUUUACGGUAUAUAUAUAGGACUGAAGGUAUUAGAGCACUGUACAAAGGCUUGGGACCAACCAUUAUAAGAUGUUUCCCUGCAAAUGGUGCAUUAUUUAUGGCAUAUGAAGGAACACAGAAACUACUGGCAUUUAAAAAAGAUGAAGAGGAUUGAUUCCAUCUCCGUUUGUAAUCAAGAAUUAUUGUUUAACUUCUUGAUUAUAAAUUUAACUUUAAUUUACUGAUAUAAUUCAAAGUUUUCAAUAAGCACUGAUGACACAUAUGGGAAGUUUGCAAGAAAGGAUCAUGUAUGAAACAAACCAAAACUUUUUGGUAUAAUUUUUAUACAAUUUUAAUCCUCAAAUGAAUAUGAUAUUUAAUCAUCAUUAGAUUUUAUAGGUACUAAAUGUAUAGUGUAAAUAAUAAUUUAAAUCCUAAAAGAUUUAACUUAUGCAAAACAAAAAGUCUGCAUGUUUUAAGUAAAGCGGAUAUAUGACCUUGAAAUUCAUGUCAAAAUAUUAUUAUGAUAUGUAUAGGUUGUAGUAACUUUUGUGUGAAUAUGGCAGGCUCUAUAAUAAUGCAAUGGUUAGAGUGCCUAAUUGAAUCUUGUUCUAUUUCAUAGAUAGUUUAGGCUUGAUGCUAUAGCAGUAGCUACAUAUUUAUAAACAAUAUUUAAGUGGAGUAAAAUUUAUAACUGCUAAAUAUGCUAGAUUUUUUAAACUUUUUAAUUGUUUCUCAGGUUUUUGAAAACUACUUUAGUAG